AUGAGUGGCCUGGGCCGGAGCAGGCGAGGUGGCCGGAGCCGUGUGGACCAGGAGGAGCGGUCUCCACAGGGCCUGUGGACAGGGGUGGCUAUGAGAUCCUGCCCCGAAGAGCAGUACUGGGAUCCCCUGCUGGGCACCUGCAUGUCCUGCAAAGCCAUUUGCAACCAUCAGAGCCAGCGCACCUGUGCAACCUUCUGCACUCUCCCGGGGCUGAAACUGAGUGCGGAUCAGCUGGCCCUGGUCUACAGCACGCUGGGGCUCUGCCUGUGUGCCGUCCUCUGCUGCUUCCUGGUGACAGUGGCCUGCUUCCUCAAGAAGAGGGGGGAUCCCUGCUCCUGCCAGCCCCGCUCAAGGUCCUGUCAAAAUCCGGCCAAGUCUUCCCAGGAUCACGCGAUGGAAGCUGGCAGCCCUGUGGGCACAUCCCCUGAGCCAGUGGAGACCUGCAGCUUCUGCUUCCCCGAGUGCAGGGCGCCCACCCAGGAGAGUGCAGUCAUGCCUGGGACCCCCGACCCUACUUGUGCUGGAAGGAAAACGAAGCCCCCUCCUGUACUGACAACUGGGAAUUGCGGAGUCCGCCAUCCUCCACCUCAGACGGGGUUUCCACAAGCAAAGAGGCUGCUUUGGACUCAAUAG